CUUCAUAUGAAGAAAUGCAGAAUAUCUCUCUACGGUUCUUGUUUCCGCCAUUUCCUCUUCAUCAGCCCACAGGUAUGUUUCUUCCCCCAAUAAAUACAUAACUGAGAAGGGGUGUUUUGCAAUUUUUCAAAAAUUAUGCAGUAGCUACAGUGCUACGCCAUAUUUGGGUAGCUACUGUUCAAAAAACGCAAAAAUGGGGAUUUGAGAUGCGUUUUGGUGUAUGGUUGGGACUGUUUUUAACUGGAAAAAUGGGUUUUCCGGUAUUUUUCCCCAAAAAAGGACAAUUUGGGAUGGGAUAUGGAGAAUGGUUGGAGGUCAAUUCUACUCUAAAGAUGGGUUUUGCCGUAUCAUUGAGAGAUGCCCUGAUGUAUACUAUACAACAUUCAAUUGAAGCCUAAUUGUUGUUUGCUCAAUUUAACCAAAAAAAUCGCUGAAGAAACAUCAUCUUAUUUAAGAUAAGGUGUUUGAUAUAAUUUCUAGCUUAAACACCAACAUAUUUUUUAACUACUCGUCUCUAACAAGAUACAGUUGGAAGGUUAUUAUACACGGAAGGCUGCUUAUGCUGAACAUGGGAGCAAAAUAAUGAAAUGAGAGGUCCUAGAAGCAUUGAGAUAUGGAAGAUGGGUGCUGUCAAUUAUUUGGAGGCACUUAAGCUGCAAGAGAAAUUGACAUCUGAUAGAAAAACACACAAGAUCAAAGACACCCUGCUGUCUCUACAGCAUCCACCCACAUUUACUCUUGGCAAACGACGGACUGUUCACAACGUAUUGGUUUCCGAGGCCGAGCUCAAAGCAAUGGGAGCAGAGCUUCACUAUACCGAAAGAGGAGGCGACGCUACAUUUCAUGGUCCUCGUCAGGUCAUUUUGUACCCUAUUAUCUCCUUGAGAGAUAUUGGAACAGGGGCCAGAAAAUACGUGGAGAAUCUUGAGUCGACAAUGAUUGAGUUGGCUUCUCUAUAUGGCGUUAAAGCUCGUGCUGGAGAGACGGGUGAGACGGGGGUUUGGGUUGGCCAGAGAAAGAUUGGGGCGAUUGGGGUUCGCAUAUCUUCUGGAAUUACAUCCCAUGGUUUGGCUUUCAACAUCGAUCCGGACUUGAACUACUUCAAACACAUUGUGCCAUGCGGAAUACCAGAUAAAGAAGUCACAUCUUUGCAAAAGGAGGUGGGGCUGGGGCAGAAGCUUCCUUCUGAACAAGUCAUUCAUGAGCAAUUGGUUUCAUGUUUCACAAAAAUAUUUGGCUAUACUGAUGUUACAUGGAGAGACAAAACAUCGGUAUCCUCGGAUGGUAAUGAAUGAACCGCAACAUACUGAAAAGGCCAAUGCAAAACCGCAGUGGAGAAAGCUGUUACCCUCUUCAACUUCACUAUUCGUGACCAAAGCCAAAUCGAGUGGAUCCACGCUGGAACCGGAGAAAGCAAUGGAAAACGGCCUGAGGAAACGGCCUCCAAGCGUUUCCAAUCCGACUCAGAAUAAAUAAGGUGUGGUAGUAGGAGACGCACAGAUCAGAUAAUGAUCUAAAUUUCUGUCAUUUUUGCACUUCCCUUUCAUAUUACUUGUCAGAUGUCUUAGCUUAGUUCUUAGCAAGAAUGUUGAACUUAGCCUUAGCUCAAUACGAUUAUCUCUUUUAAUUUUUCUUACCAUA